AUGCUAUUAGAAAUCUUUUUAGUAUUGUUGUCAAAUUUAAACUAUAAAAAAUCUAAUUCGAAGUAGAAUUUUAAAUAUUUUAUAACACAAUUCUACUACUCUCCGUAAUAGAAGAUUGAGAAAUAAAUAAAUAUAUCGGAAAAUUUGAAAAAUAAUUUAGUAAAAUAAGAGAAUGAAUUACAUUUUCAAAUAUAAAAACUUUCCAAAAAGUAUUAAAACCUUAUAUAAAUGUAAUAUUUAAUUAAAUUUAGAAGUGUUUUGCUCUGCCAGAUGAAUACUUUAAAGAAUAAUUUGUUCAUAAUCAAAUUAAUUUCUAUUCACAUCAAAUUAAUCCGGAAAGUCAAGUUAGACAUUUUAGAAUAGCAUAACAGAAAAAGAUUGACAAGUGAAAUAUUAUAUUUUAUAAUAAAUAACAAAAAUAAAACAGAGAAUUAAAAUUGA